AUGAAGACAGAACAAAUGGGACCAAAGAUGACAGCGACCAUUAAGCGGUUCUAUGAAGACCUCGAUUUUCCAGACCAAGGCACUUUCGACUACCCCGAUUACCCGGCAAACGAGCUCGAAGACCACCUUAGGCCCGAUCGACUGGAAGAGGACCGCUAUGUCAUCCACGAGACGUCUUACGAGGUGUUCGAGGGUAACCCGUCGGUCGCGCACGGAAGUUCCUAUAAGCUGAAGAAAAAAUACGACAAGUAUAAAUUCCCACAGUUCCCCGAAGAUAAAGAUAUAACUCCCCGGAUGACGACAGACCAGGCCAAGGCGUUCCUCAACAGCCUUACAUCAGAAGGCAUUAGGAAAUCGAGCAACUGGAGGCAGCCUAUUUUCCAUAUUCAGCGCCCUUGA